GCAGGACACCUUCAUGGAGAACUACUUCACCAGCCAGAGGGACAACAUCUUCCGCAACGUGGAGGUGCUGAUCUACGUGUUCGACGUGGAGAGCCGUGAGCUGGAGAAGGACAUGCACUACUACCAGUCCUGCCUGGAGGCCAUCCUCCAGAACUCCCCCGACGCCAAGAUCUUCUGCCUGGUGCACAAGAUGGACUUGGUGCAGGAGGAUCAGAGGGAUCUGAUUUUUAAGGAGCGGGAGGAAGACUUGAAGCGCCUGUCCCGUCCCCUGGAGUGUGUCUGCUUCAGGACCUCCAUCUGGGAUGAAACCCUCUACAAGGCUUGGUCCAGUAUAGUCUAUCAGCUCAUCCCCAACGUCCAGCAGCUGGAAAUGAACCUGAGGAACUUUGCUCAGAUCAUUGAGGCUGAUGAAGUGCUGCUGUUUGAGAGAGCCACCUUCCUGGUCAUCUCUCACUAUCAGUGCAAGGAACAGCGAGAUGUCCACAGGUUUGAGAAGAUCAGCAACAUCAUUAAACAAUUCAAGCUCAGUUGCAGUAAGCUGGCAGCUUCUUUCCAGAGCAUGGAGGUGAGGAACUCUAACUUUGCUGCUUUCAUUGACAUCUUCACGUCCAACACAUAUGUGAUGGUGGUUAUGUCAGACCCUUCCAUAC